CGACAGCAAUUCUGAUAGCGGUUUCUUUGUUUAGAUACUAGAGCUGCAUACAAGUGCACUCUUAAGAAAUCAUAUUUUCUUGCAGCUUCUCCUAAGAUUACAAAAGUAGAUGAUAAUGUUGUGAAUACACAGUAUAAUAACCUUAGAAGGGUAUUUCUGCAUAUAAAUUAAAACAAGAACAUCCUAGAAGACAGCAACUGAAGUUACAAAUUUAGAGCAGGGUGCUAUAAACAAGGCUCCUCAUUGUUGUUAAAAUUGCAAGUUUACUUAUAAAAACAUUCAAUUUGAUGAGUUAACAUGUAUCUAAUAUGUAAAAUUAAACUAAAAACUCGAAAAUCGGUAAAAUCAGACUUGACUUGUGUAAAAUCGAUAAAAUCAGACCGAGUUUAAGCUUAUAGGAUCCAUAAAAAUGCUAUGUAAGAUAGUGGUUUUUUUUGUUUUUUUUGAAUAAUCAUGAGACCGAUUCUGGGUUUUCUAGAAACCGGUUACCUUGUUAUUUUCAGUUUUUUAUUUUAUUUUUUCUGAUUCCUCCUUGUAAUGGAAAUUUCUUUUUUGUUUUAAGACAUUUUAUUUUUUCAUGUUAUUAACUUCUUUAUUCAUAUUAUCUAUCCUUGUUAUUUAUUUAUAUUAUCUAUCCUUCUUAUUUUACUUAGAUCAUUUAUUUAUUAUAAUGUUGUUGAUUUUUUUAUCAGAUUUUAAUAUAAUUAAAAUUUUCCAUCCAAGGUAGUAUUAUAUUUUUAGAAUUUGCGAUGGCAAUAUUACAAUUAAUUAUAGUUUAAAAUAACAUCUAUAUUCAUCAAAAAUUGAUAACAAUUCUCUCAUUUAAUUAAAAAUUAUUUCUUCAAUUUCCAUUUUUUUUUAUCUCUCCUCCAUUGUAUGUAUAUCUUAUUAUCUUUUAUUUAUAUGGUAGUGACACUCCUGUCCUACUAUUUGAAAAAGAAAAUUUUCAUUCAUGAGCAGCAGGCCUCGUGUAAUGAUUUGUAAUCCCCAUUAUUGGGACCUCCACUUCGAAUGCCAACCCAGUCAUCUCUUACCCGAUAAAAAAGAUAAAUAGCCGAUGAGCCUCUGAUGUCUCUGACCUGAUUAGUUUGAGAGGAGCAACAGAAGAAACCAAAAGUAAGAACCGUUUUUCCCGCGCUUUUAUGAAAAGACAGGUAACGAAAAACACCCAAAGUUAGAUGGCUCUGCCUUUCUGGAUAUUUGGCCUGGAAAAUAGGCUAUCUACUGGUUUUGAUUGACAGAGGACGGGAAAGGAAAACGCGUCCUUGAAACAAAGAUGAUGUGUUAGACUACAAAAUUUGGAGAUUUUCCAGUUCGUAGUAUCCCUCUUCUCUUCUUGAUUGGAGACAAAGCCAACAACCAAGAACUUACAUCCAUUAGGGUUGAGGGAUGGCAUCUUGUUCAUGGAACCAAACUGUGUGUUCCUGGUCAGAGAUUGUUUGAUGUGCAAUCACUGACAUUGCAAGAUCAUGGCAUUGUCUUGACUUCUUCGUUUUGUUUUUCCAAGAAGCACCAAUUCAACAAACGCAUCAACUUUGCAGGCGCGGCCAAAUUAAUUGCUUGGUUCGGCCAAAAUGACAACCAAAGUGAAAGGUCUUUUGAGAGGUCUAAGAUACAUUUCACAAAUAUUUGAUGAAAAGGAACAAGAAAUGCAAAUUGGAUUUCCUACAGAUGUAAAGCAUGUUGCUCACAUUGGAUGCGACGGUCCAUCUGCAACAAACGCACCAAGCUGGAUGAAUGAGUUUAACUCUCCUCCAGAACUUUUAUGUUUGACUUCAAAUUCUAAAGAAGAAGAGAAGAGCCUUUCAACAGAUCCACCCGCAGAAGACACAAUUCAGACUGAAAAGCCGAGGCAUAGGUCAAGGCGCUCAUCAGGCAGUGCGAGCUCACUUUUAAAUUCCCCAGACCGAAGGAGCACCGACUCAUCUAGGAAUUCCAGGCACCAAGCCUCUAGCUGUACGGGUUCACCUUUAAAUUCCCCCCGCGGCACUGAUGCGCCGAAGAGUUAUAGGCGUCACCGCUCUUCGAACAAGUCAAUGGACUCUCCAAAAGGAGAAUCAUCGGGGACCAACCGAAUCUCAAGACGGCAAAAGAACUCAAGUCUUGGAGCUGAAUCUCCUACUCAUGACCAGCCCUCCAUCCCAAAACAUUCUCGUGGAAGAAAGUCCAAAGGAUCACCAGGCAGUGGGUCAUCAAAAUCAAAAGAAAAGAAGUCUUCAAAAGAAGCGGUUCCUUUCUCAGAUCCUGGAUCUGGGGGUUGUGAAUCUAUAAAUGGAAGGAAGAACAUUGCAAGCCAACUAAGCUCUGUUUUGGAAGCCUAUGAAGAAGAGGGAUGAAAGCAAUGCAGUGAUUUGUGUGUUAGAGAUUUAAUGUAAUGUGUAUGAAAGUGUUAACUAUAAUUCAAUUUGUCUUUAAUUUGCUUUUUAGUUCUCUUCAUGUCGUACAAGUUUAUCUUGCAUAGCCAAAUGUCAAAAGCUUGUGCUUCA